AUGGACGAUCAAGUUAGAAGUGUAUCAAUUAUUGAGGAACUGCCAUCAGAUUUGAUCCUACGUAUCCUUAAAUCCGACUGCUUGAGCGUGUCUGAUUUUGCUUGUCUAGAGAUAACUUGCACAACAUUCGGUGGAAUCAGAGAACAGCUUCACCCUAUAUUAAAUUUCCGAUCUUUAGUUGAUUUGGCAGCCUUUCGUCUUUGUGAAUCUCAUCCAAUAUACUCAUGUUUGAACGAAACUCGAAAAAAAAAGUUUUUGUGUAGGAUGGGCAACAACUGGAAACAAGCAUUAAAUUUCUUGCGAUCUGUAGAAGAAUGCUCAGAUAUUGUUCAGAGUAAAUCAAGAUCAAGUUAUAUACAAGUGACAUCAGGAAUUACUUUUACAAUUGUGUUGAAGGAUCAUUCGGUGUACAUUUCGGGUCGUCAUUCUUUUGGUUCCAUUAUAUUGGAGGACUAUUUAAAACAUCAACAGUUUACUCGGAUUAGUUUCGACCAGCCGCCUUUAACAUCAUAUGUGGAUAAUAUAGUCUCUGUCUCUGCCAUGUAUCAACAUGCUGCUUUUAUUACGCAAUCAGGAGAGGUUUUUACAUAUGGUGACAAUUCGUCAGGUUGUUGUGGGUAUACAACAGGUGGUGAUAUUGACAAUCAAAUUCUUAGACCUCGGCUUGUGGAAGGUGCAUUGAAGGGAAUCCCUUGCAAGCAAGUUGUAGUCAGUUAUAAAUUCACUGUGUUUCUUACUAGAGAGGGUCGAGUAUAUACUUGUGGGCUGAACCAAUAUGGUCAGCUUGGUCAUGGAGAUAUGGUGGAUAGAUCGACACCUAUGUUAGUAGAAUCGCUUUUAGAUUGUUUAGUAGUUCAGGUUUCAGCUGGUAUAACUUUCACAUUAGUUGUAACUAGCGAUGGCAACUUGUAUUCAUUUGGGUCGGGCGAGUAUUGGUGUUUGGGUCACGGAGUUCAAAAGAAUGAGCUACGCCCUCGUCUGGUUGAGUUCUUUAAAAGAAGGGAUAUUCACAUUCUUAGAGUCUCUGCGGGAGUUAAUCAUGUUGUAGCUCUCGAUUCUAAUGGAUCGGUAACUAAUUAA